AGGUGUAUAUUUUAGAAAUAUUUAUUAUGUGUCUUUAUAUAAUAUUUUACAAUUAUAUAGUCUACCCAUUUAAUGGUUAAAGCAGCUGUGAGUAUUUUGACGUGACCUUUCUUGUCCUUUACGCCUUCAAGUAAUUCGGGUCGAACUUAGCCUUGUGGGGUUAGGAUCUACAAGUAGUGGUUAAAAAUUUGCCCAGUAAGGGUGUGAAGAAGGUGAAUUUAUUGAAAUAAAGAUGUCGCUGGGCAACAACGUUCCACCCCUGCAGCUGAAGGCUGCGCAGGCCAGCACGCAGCUCGACCAUAUGUGCGCCCUGGACAUAGACUCCAAGGCCUCGUAUGUCCGCCUGUCCGGCAUCAUCUGCACCAUUGGGCCUGCGUCACGCAGCGUGGAGGUGCUGGAGAAGAUGAUAGAGACGGGAAUGAACGUGGCACGCCUCAACUUCUCUCACGGCAGCCAUGAGUACCACGGGGACACCAUCAAGAACAUCCGUGCGGCGGCCGAGAGCUACAGCAAGAAGAUCGGCAUGCCCUACCCGCUGGCCAUCGCCCUCGACACCAAGGGCCCUGAGAUCCGUACGGGACUCCUGGAAGGGGGUGGCUCCGCGGAGGUGGAGCUGAAGAAGGGGGAGAAGAUACGGUUGACAACUGACACGGCGUACGCGGAGAAGGGCAACGCACAGACUGUGUACCUCGACUACGUCAAUAUCACCAAGGUGGUGAAGCCGGGUAACAAGGUGUUCGUGGACGAUGGCCUCAUCUCCCUUGUAGUCAGCAACGUCGGGCCCGACUACCUGGAGUGCGUGAUAGAGAACGGCGGCUCGCUGGGCAGCAGGAAGGGAGUGAACCUGCCCGGGGUGCCCGUUGACCUCCCGGCUGUCUCCGAGAAGGACAAGGGCGAUCUGCUGUUUGGCGUGGAGCAGGGCGUGGACAUUGUCUUCGCGUCAUUCAUCCGCGACGCUGCAGGCUUGGCAGAGAUCAGGGCUGUGCUAGGGGAGAAGGGCAAGAAUAUCCUGAUAAUCUCCAAGAUCGAGAACCACCAGGGGAUGGUGAACCUGGAUGAGAUCAUCGCGGCUUCAGAUGGCAUCAUGGUGGCGCGUGGCGACCUGGGCAUUGAGAUCCCCCCGGAGAAGGUGUUCUUGGCACAGAAGACCAUGAUCGCCCGCUGCAACCACGCGGGCAAGCCGGUGAUCUGCGCCACGCAGAUGCUGGAGUCAAUGGUGAAGAAGCCGCGCCCGACUCGUGCUGAGGGCUCGGACGUGGCCAACGCUGUUCUGGACGGGGCGGACUGCGUCAUGCUGUCUGGGGAGACUGCCAAGGGGGACUACCCGCUGGAGUGUGUGCUCACCAUGGCCAACAUCUGCAAGGAGGCCGAGGCAGCCAUCUGGCAGCAGCAGAUAUUCCGCGAGCUCUCCAGCAAGGUACAACUGCCGCUGGAUGCGACUCAUGCCGUGGCCAUUGCGGCGGUGGAGGCCACGGACAAGACGCUGGCGGCAGCUGUCGUGGUGCUGACGACGUCGGGCCGCUCGGCCCACCUGGUGUCCAAGUACAAGCCGCGCUGCCCUAUCAUUGCAGUAACGCGCUUCGCCCAGGUGGCGCGACAGUGCCACCUCUACCGCGGCAUCCUGCCCCUGCAGUACACAGCAAGCCCCCUCCCUGACUGGCUCAAGGAUGUGGACGCACGUGUGCAGUACGGCCUGACGUUUGGCAAGCAGCGCGGCUUCCUGAAGCCCGGGGACGCUGUUGUGAUCGUCACCGGCUGGAAGCAGGGCUCCGGCUUCACCAACACCAUGCGCGUCGUAACUGUGGAGUGAAGUGACGUGCACCGCCACUUAGCAGCUGAUGAUCCACUGAACAUACAAGAUAGCUUCAUUACCUGUUGGUGUUGCUGGAUUGUGAACUUAAAACUUAAGUCACACGUCAGCAGUUUUUUGUUCCUUUAGAAACUAGCAACAUCUUCGUGGGUGUUAUUUCACAACGUGCAUUUUUGCAUUUUUCAUUUAGUGUUUCUCUUCCACUAGUCUUCAGAUAAAUUAAUGCAAUGGGGUCUUUGGGUGAAACGAGAGAAGGUAAGAUUGGAAUAAAUUAUUCAAUGAAAGUAUUGUCAGUAUUAUAGGAUUACUUGUAAAUACGAGUUUCUUUUUGUAUGUUGGUUGUUGAAAGAUAUAGAUCUUUGGUGGUUCCAUGAAGGUUGUAGAAAAAAUUUAUAAAAUAGAUUAUGGUCACGGUGAUUAUACUCGCAUUACUGUAAAUAUGGGCUGCGUUUACGGAUUAAGGCUUUCAGGUAAGCUAACUUAACACUAAUGUGGGUUCUCUGUUUUUGUGUUACCACACAUGCAAAGUCAUAGAUUCACCUUUACAUUGCGAAAAGAUAAAAUUAAAUUAAUAUUCCUAGCAUGUGUAUUAGUUUGUCAGUGUUGAUCGCUGGUAAUUUUUGAUAUGACCUUAUUUUGAUUAUUUAUUUUGUAAUUAAUAUGGGCUGGAAAAAUUCACAGUUUCACAGAGAUUCUGACCCACUACCUUGGCUCUCUUCCUCACUGUAGAUGUUGGUGGCUGCUGAUUUCUUCAGAAGUCUCGUCUUGUUUCCUUAGAGUUUAAAGCUUCUUAAUUUGAGUUUGGAUGGAAUAAUAGUUUUGAUGCUCAGUACUAGAUACGAUAUUCAGCUCUAUACUUUUGAUGCUUCCGACGUGCAAUACUCUUAGUAAAAAUAAGCCAAACAUUGUGAACUAUGCAUCCAUUAUUUUAAAAAAAAAAUUUUGUAACUCUUCAAAAAUUGUUUAUCAAAGUAUCGAAAGUUCCCCCAUUUAUAUUCUUGAUUUGUGGUUUUGUGAUCAGUUCAGUCUUGGAAUGUGAUCCAUUCAAUAAGUGUAGCUGGCCAUCCAGCAUCCAGUUCAUCUGUGAAUUUCUCCAGUUUAUAUUCUGUGUAUGCAUUGGCUGUACAAAAUGUUUUUAAAGAUUUUUUUUAUAGAUGUUAUCUAAUGCGUACAAUUUUGAGAAAUUUGUUUUGGGAAGGAGGAAGAGGUGAUCUGAAGUUAUUUAUUCAGUAUGUUUAAUUUUUUUUUUUGUGUUUAGAAUAAAUUUGAGUAUUCUUAAAUUAUAAAGGUUCACUCUUUACAUCAGUUAUUCAUUUGUGCUAUAUUGAUUGAAAUUUUUUUUUAUUGUUUUUUGUGUAAGCUUUAAAGAAUCAAAUGUGCUGAAGUGGAAAUUUAAAUCAUCAAACGAGUUACCUACUUAAAUUAGAGAAAUAAUGAAUUAUAUAUUGAAAGCCUUGUUUCUUUUGAGGUUUUUGAAAAUGUUAACAUCAUGUGAACUAUAAAAAAGGUUUAAUAUUAUUUAUUAAUUAACUUGAUUUUGCAAAUUAAAACUAAAAGUGAAAGGAACUGCAAGUCUGUUGGAAGCUGCCUAUUUUCUUGUAUGUAUUAAACUUAGUAUGUUACCAAAACAUUGGAUCAUGAAGCUUGUAUUUGUUAAGAACCAAUAAUAAUUUUGUGCUGUA